AUGGAUCACAGUGGUAUGGACCAUGGAGAUAUGGAUCAUGGCCAUGGCGGAGGAGGCAUGACGGACAUGUGCAGUAUGAACAUGCUCUUCACCUGGGAUACCAACAACCUUUGCAUUGUUUUCCGUCAAUGGCACGUCCGCUCGACAACUUCGCUCCUCUUCUCUCUCAUCGCCGUCAUCAUCCUCGCCAUCGGCUACGAAGCCCUUCGAUCUGUCUCCCGUCGCUAUGAGCAAUCUCUCGAUAACCGCGUUCGCUCCGUCCCCAUGCACACAUUUCCUAUCCGGGGAACCCCAAGACAAUCCCAGGGACAAGCCGACCAGCGCGCCCAUCUCAUCAAGGCCGUCUUGUACGCCCUGCAGAACUUUUACGCCUUUAUGCUCAUGCUUGUUUUCAUGACCUACAACGGCUGGGUCAUGGUUUCUGUUUCGCUUGGCGCAUUUCUCGGAUAUUUGUUCUUUGGACAAAGGACUUCGGCCACAAAGGAAAACGCAUGCCAUUAA